UUCUCCAUGCCCCAUCGCCACCCCCGCCCGGAAACAUGAUAGGAGCCCCAGAUGUGGUGGCCUUUACCAAAGAGAACGAGGAAGAGGAGGAGGCCUAUAGCGACCCGCCUUUGCCAGAGGAGUAUUCCGUGCCGCUCUUCCCCUUUGCCAACCAUGGGGCCAACCCGUGGUCCAGGCUCUCAGGUGCCAAGUUCACCCGGGACUUUAUCCUCAUCUCGGAGUUCUCGGAGCAAGUUGGACCCCAGCCGUUGCUCACUGUCCCUGACGACGCCAAAGUUUCUGGCACCUUCGAUCUCAACUAUUUUUCCCUUCGCAUCAUGUCGGUGGAUUAUCAGGCUUCUUUUGUGGGACACCCACCCGGGUGCCCAUACCCAAAGCUGAACUUUGUGGAAGAUUCAAAAGUAGUGCUGGGGGAUUCCAAGGAAGGAGCUUUCGCUUAUGUGCACCACCUGACUCUCUAUGACCUUGAAGCGAGAGGUUUCGUCCGCCCCUUUUGCAUGGCCUACAUUUCAGCCGAUGAGCACAAAAUUAUGCAGAUGUUUCAAGAGCUCUCCAUGGAGUUCUCGAAAGCCUCGGAGUGCUUAAAGACAGGCAACCGGAAAGCCUUUGCAAAUGAACUGGAAAAGAAACUGAAAGACCUCAACUAUACUCGGACUGUACUGCACAACGAAACAGAGAUCCAGAAGAAAAACAAUGAGAAAGGGUACUACAGCACACAAGCCAUUGAGAAAGCCAAUGAACUGGCCAGUGUCGAGAAAUCUAUCAUAGAGCACCAAGAUCUUCUCAAACAGAUCAGAUCCUAUCCUUACAGUAAACUGAAAGAUUCUGAUUUUCAUCCUUAUGAGCCAGAUGGUGCACCAGAACUGACAGAAGACAAUUCGGAACAGGGAUUUACUACCUCGAAACCUGACGAAACUGGUGAAACAAACCUGUAUCCCCGGCGCUCAUCUUACACGCCGAAGCUUAUCAAGGCAAAAUCCACCAAGUGUUUCGACAAGAAACUCAAAACCCUUCAGGAACUGUGCGAUGUGUACUUUUUCACCCAGACGCUAGAUCAGUUGCAUCAGAUUGAGAAAACAUUCAGAGGUGACGUUUGCUAUCUCCUAACCAACCAGAUCAGCCGAGCGCUUUUGAAACAGCAAACAAUUACCAACUUCCUUUUUGAAGAGACGUUCACCGUUGACGAAAGACCACCUGAGAAGCCACCGAAUGCCUUCCAGGGGUCUCCUCUAGGUUCCUCCGAUACCAAAUACUUGGAGGUCUGUCCUGUUCCAAAAAUGUUAAUUAGCUUGACGGCUUACAAAUCCAGUGUUGAGUCCGUGCCCAUUAAGAUGGAUCAGGAACUCGAAGACACCCCAGGCCCGGAUGUUGGUGAGCCAGUUGCUUAUGACCGACAGGACAGUCUUGGAUACUUUGAUGCUGACCUCAAAGGAAGUGUCAGCAGUGGCGAAAGCAUUGAGGUUUUGGGGACGGAGAAGUCCGCAGCUGCCCUUGCUCAGUCCGAGAGCCAGGCUAGCUUGCCACAGCCGCCCCUGAGUCCACAGGCAGUGAGGAGCAAAGCAGUCAGUAGGAGGACUAUAAGCGAUGACAGCAUCGAGGUCCUCAGUACGUGUCCCUCCGAAGCGCUGAUUCCCGAUGACUUUAAAGCUAGCUACCCAAGUGCCAUUAAUGAAGAGCCUUAUGCUGACGAGGAAGAUGAAGGUUGUCGCUUUAGCCCCGGUUUAAAUCUGGACCGUGCUGAAGAGAUGGGAGGCGAUCCGGAACCUGAAAAUCUACUUCCUGCAGACUCCACCUGCUGCAUUGGAAAAGAGAGCGCUGGCUUUCUCGAGCCGCUGCCUAACCUGGCCCCCAAACUUUGCGACGAUGACGGGGUGGUCAGUAUCCCACCUCGGCCCUAUCGGCAGGCAGACCAGGAAUUCCGUGUAAACUUUACAGACUAUUCUUCCCACGACGGUGUCUUGGGCGGCCUCCUGACAUACGAACUGGAUCCGCAUUAUCUCACGAGCAGCCGAGAGACGAGUAAGAUAAGCCUGGAUAAAUGUUCGGACUCGACUGUGAGUUACGUGAGCAGUACGGGUUCUACGAGCUCGGAGAGGACUCCUUCCCCCGCCCCCCUUGUCAGCCCGUCAGGAGAAAGACACAAGAAGAAAGCCGCCCAGAACGCCUUGCGGUUCAUCCGGCAGUAUCCUUUCGCUCACCCAGCCAUAUAUUCUCUGCUGAGCGGCAGGACGCUGAUUGUUCUGGGGGAAGACAAAGGGGCCGUGGAGAAACUCGUCACAGCGCUCUCCAUUUUUGUCCCCAACUGCGGGGCAAAUACCAAGCCGGUGAAGCUCUGGACCACCUCACCUUUGCACAUCACCGAUUUUCAGAAGUGGAAGCUGAUUGGAUUGCAAAGGGCGUCUUCUCCGGCAGGCCUGAACAUGCUGCACUCCCUCAGCCGGUACAGCCGCUACAUCAGCAUCCUGGACGCCGACAGCAAGACCCUGCGCUGCCCCCAGUACCGGGGGGCCCUGAUCCCCCGGCUGGCCGACCACCGCACGCAGAUCAAACGGGGGAGCACUUACUACAUGCACGUCCAGACCUUCCUCACCCAGCUGUGCUCCAAAGCCUUCCUGUACGCCUUCUGCCAUCACCUGCACCUCCCCAUCCGCGAGGGGGAGACGGAGGACUCCGUGGCGGCCCGGCGGCUGAACUUCCUGAAAGCCCACCUGGGGCUGGCCCACGAGGACGGGCGCGUGGUGCAGUACCUGGCCGAGCUCCUCAAACUCCAGUACCUUCAGGAUCCCAUCCGGGGGGUCAGCCCGGUGCUCAGGUUCGAUUACGUGCCCAGCGCUCUGUACAAAAUUUAGCCCCACCCCCACCCCUUCAGCCUUGGCCCACCCACGUCCUCUUGCCUGGCAUUCAGUUCUGCUCACCCGCAGCUCACCGGCCUUCACCCGCUCCCGCUGUCAACAUGGUCCGUAUGGUGGCAAAGAAGGACCCGGGAACGGGGAAAGCCCUCCUCCUUCCAGCGAGACUUUGAAAAUGUCCGUCACACUUCUCUCUCUCUCUCUCUCUCUCUCUCUCUCUCUCUCUCUCUCUCUCUCUCUCUCUCAUUUUAAAGGAUGCUGUCAGCUUCUAAAUCACUGUUUAAGG